AUGUCUCCUUCGCUGACCAUUAUUGGAGUGCAGGGGCGACAGGUUACCGUUCCCACUGGACUCUUCAUUCACAAUGAGUUCGCACCCUCUACGACCGGUCAAACUCUGGCCGUAGAAAAUCCAACCACUGGUGAAUCCCUGGGAACAAUCUCAGCCGCCGGCCCCGAGGAUAUCGACCGCGCCGUUCAGUCUGCCAAAGCAGGUUUCGAGACGUGGAAGUCGGUUUCAGGCCCAGCGAAGGCUCGUCUCCUGCUCAAGUUGGCGGACCUCAUCGAGCAAGAUGUUCAAAAUUUAGGAUCCCUAGAGGCUGUCGAUGCCGGCACUCUCUACACUGACUCUGUUGGCCUCAACAUUCCGCAGGCCGUUGGCUGCCUGCGAUAUUAUGCCGGGUGGGCUGACAAGAUGGAUGGAAAAUCACUCGAAAUGGAUGGUGGCGUCGCAUAUACCCACCGCGAGCCCAUCGGGGUGUGUGCUGCCAUUGUCCCCUGGAAUGCCCCCCUUAUGAUUACUAUCUGGAAGCUGGCCCCUGCAUUGGCCGCCGGAAAUGCCUUGAUCAUCAAGUCCUCGGAGCUGUCACCACUAUAUGCCCUACGGCUGGCGGAACUGGUCAAGGAAGCUGGGAUUCCGGCCGGUGUGGUCAACAUCGUCACCGGCGACGGAGCUUCCGCGGGUCAGGCCCUGUCAGAGCAUAUGGAGGUUCGGAAGUUGGCUUUCACAGGUAGCUCGGUUGCUGGUCGGAAGAUCAUGCAAGCGGCCUCGCGGACCAAUUUGAAGAAGGUGAGUUUGGAACUUGGGGGCAAAGGCCCUUCGAUUGUCUUCGAUGACUGUGACUUGGAGAAUGCCUUAUUGUGGACACGAAUCGGUAUCACAGCAAACAACGGCCAGAUAUGUGCGGCAGGAUCCCGCAUUUAUGUCCAGGAUGGAAUUUACGAUCGCUUCAUCGAGGCAUACAAGCAAGCCGCGGCAAACGCGCCAACGGUGGCCGGUAACCCACUGGACACUGCAACAACGAAGGGUCCUGUGGUCAGCUGCGCCCAGCAUCAGAAGGUCAUGGAUUAUAUUCGACAGGGAAAGCAGUCCGGCGCGAAACUGCUGUUCGGAGGUGAACAGAUUGGAAAGAAGGGGUAUUUCGUCCAAAAUACCGCCUUUGCCGAUGUACCCGACAACGCUACAAUCAUGCGCGAGGAGAUCUUCGGCCCCGUCGCGAGCAUUGCCAAAUUCUCCACCGAGGAAGAAGUCGUCGCCAAAGCCAACGACUCCCUUCAUGGCCUGAGUGCCGCCAUCUUCACCAACGACAUCAGCCGAGCCCACAGAGUCGCCAAAGCCAUCGAGUCUGGUCAAGUGACUGUCAAUGCGUGGGCCAUGCUCAGCCCGAAUGUCCCAUUUGGUGGAGUCAAGGAAAGUGGUUUUGGACGAGAUAUGGGCGAGGAAGCUCUUGAUGGGUGGACGACUGUCAAAGCAGUCAAGUAUCAUAUUUUUCCUCGGCUGUAA